CACACGCACACACACACACACACACACACACACAAGCGAGAAGGAGCAUGUUGCAUCUGAGGCUGUUCGAUAGCUCGUUCUAUUAUACGCUGGCCUCCGUGUCGUCGGGCAUGCUGCCACCCCCUCAGGCGACCAAUGGCAGCCAGUUGACGCUGAAUGGCACAACAGUCGCGGCGCCCGGUGCGGAGGCUACAGUUAAUCUGACAUAUUUUACACCUGCGAACUCACACGUGAUGCUGGCGCCGACGCCAACGACCGCCAGUGCCGCCCAGACGACAGCGGCGACAAUGGCAGCGGCAGCAACAACAACAGCAGCAACAGCAACAACAGCAGUAGCAGCAGCAGCGACAACAACAUCGCCCGGCAGCGAUUUCCAGGCAGCAGCAGCAGCAGCAGCCGGCGACAACGCGACGUCGCCAUAUGCGGGCGAAUUGGACAACUUGAAUUCGUUCUACUUUUACGAGACGGAACAAUUCGCUGUACUCUGGAUACUCUUUACCAUCAUUGUGCUAGGCAAUUCGGCGGUUCUGUUCGUGAUGUUCAUCAACAAGAAUCGCAAAUCCCGCAUGAACUACUUCAUCAAGCAGCUGGCAUUGGCAGAUCUAUUCGUGGGGCUGCUCAAUGUGCUGACUGAUAUUAUUUGGCGCAUCACCAUCUCGUGGCGUGCCGGAAACGUGGCCUGCAAGGUCAUCCGCUUCUCGCAGGUGUGCGUCACCUAUUCCUCCACUUAUGUGCUCGUGGCCAUGAGCAUUGACAGAUACGAUGCUAUAACACAUCCCAUGAACUUUUCAAAGUCGUGGAAACGCGCCCGUCAUCUGGUAGCAGGCGCUUGGGUAGUCUCCGCGCUCUUCUCCCUGCCCAUCCUGGUGCUCUACGAGGAGAAGCUCAUACAGGGCCAUCCGCAGUGCUGGAUCGAGCUGGGCUCGCCAAUGGCCUGGCAGAUUUAUAUGUGCCUCGUGUCGGCCACGCUGUUUGCGGUGCCCGCCCUGAUAAUCUCCGCCUGCUAUGCGAUUAUUGUGAAGACCAUAUGGGCCAAAGGCUCCAUCUUUGUGCCGACAGACCGUGCAGGUUUCGGUGGGGCGGCCACGCGACGCGCCAGCUCCCGGGGCAUCAUACCACGCGCCAAGGUGAAGACCGUGAAGAUGACGCUGACGAUUGUGUUUGUGUUCAUCAUCUGCUGGUCGCCGUACAUAAUAUUCGAUCUGCUGCAAGUCUUUGGGCAGAUACCGCACUCGCAGACCAACAUUGCCAUCGCCACAUUCAUUCAGAGUCUCGCUCCGCUCAAUUCGGCGGCAAAUCCACUUAUCUACUGCCUGUUCUCCUCGCAGGUCUUCCGUACGCUCAGCCGCUUCCCGCCCUUCAAGUGGCUGACCUGCUGCUGCAAAUCGUAUCGCAACAACUCGCAGCAGAACCGCUGCCACACGGUGGGCCGUCGCCUGCACAACAGCUGUGAUUCCAUGCGCACCCUGACCACAUCUCUGACGGUCUCCAGACGCUCCACCAACAAGGCGAACGCCCGGGUCAUCAUCUGCGAGCGGCCCAACAAGGUAAUCACUGUGGCUGCCAUGUCCGAGGUAUGAUAGCUGGCGCACUCGACCCGCAGGCGUUCAACGUUUGCGGUCCGUGGGCCGACGUCCUUCAGCGAUGCGGAGUUCCUUUAAGCGAAGUGAACGGCCGACCCGCCCCCCAAUUAGCAGGCUCUACGAGGCUUAGACAAUAAGUGCGAUAGUUGUGUAUGCAUAGCGCGAGCCCAAAAACGGAUAUCGAAUACGCAGACACAUGUAUAUGUACUAUAUAUGUAUAUACAGAUGUGUGUGUAUGUGUGCUGCGAAUUCAGUGCGUGUAUUUCCCAUUGCAAUUUAUCUAUUAAGUAUUUAUGCAGCUAGCUCGUAACCAUUACCGUACCGUAAUUUUAAACUAUAUUUUAGCUGAAUUAAGGUUUGUGGCAUCACAAAGCGUAAGGGCGUGGGUUUU